CACCAUACCAAACACGCACUACGUGCCUCAAGUUUCCAGUUCUCCUAUAAUAUGCAAUCAUGUCACUGAAACUUAUCAAUGCAAUCAAUAGACUUCAUUUGUUUACUAAACAUUUGUCACUCAAACCUCAUAAACCUUCUUCCAUUUACUAAACAUUUUGAUGGCUGCUUUUCUCAAAAACCUUCUCACACGACACCAUUUCAAUUCCAAAACCCUAAAUUCCUUCAACUCCUCUUUCCCACUCAGACCCAUCACAUCUUUACCCCAAACAAUCCAACCCCCAAAUUCCCAAACCCAACAAGAUGGCGAAGGCAACAUCGAUACGAAGAAGAAACCUAAGAGGAUGAGUUUAUACUCUUUGUUUACUGAUGAACCUGCUCCUGAUCAUAGUGUAAUAAGUACGCAAAAUGUGGUAGAGAAGAAGCAGAACAAGAAGGAACCAUUUGUUGCUAAGGAGCUUUCAGUUGAUAUGGUCAUGUUUUUGAAGCAUUUAUACCAAAAUGGGUAUUUUAAAGAUGCUAAAUUUUCUAAGUUUAGUACAAGAUUUCAACUUGUUUGGUUUAACAAACAAUAUGCAUUGGGCUAUGCUAAGUUUGCUGCGAUGAAAUUUGCCACUGAUAAUCCUCAAAUCGCUGAAUGGCUAUCAGGAAGUGCAUUGAAGCAAGUGGCAGUAUUUGGUUGCCCCUUCAUCGGUAGGAAUGGUGUCUUCCCUGCGAAAAGACUGCGGAAAUGUUUAGAGGUUCCAGAAAAUACAGUAUGCAGUAAAUGCAUGUUGCGAGAAUCGUGCAAGUUCGUGAAUGAAAAUGUGUCGGGUUGUGAUAAAUUGGAUUUGAACGAUGUUAUGAAGGUUAUUAUUCCAUAUGCUUUACACUGGAUGGAUCCUCAGCUGGUAGUGUCUGAUGAAUUGAACAAAUCAGUCAAUCAUUUGCUGAAUGAGUUUGUGAAACUGAGUCAAUCACCUGAGACUGCUUCCAUUUCAACUUUUUCUCGCAUAUCCUCGGGAAACUAAGACACUCAAUACGAGGUGGAAACUGUGUCAAAGUAUAUAAGCAGUCUUUGCAAACCUUUUUGUGGAUUGCUUUUCUUGCUACGCAUGCAUAAGUUUUGCGAUGAUGCUCAACUCAAGAAUGAAUUUGUCUGAAUCUGCCUUCUGCAAUUCUGAUGUGAGUGGUAAUAUUUUGUUUGAAGCCUAUGCUUUUGCCGAUGACCCCGGAAAAUUGCAAUGAGCUUUGAGUGAAGAAUGUUUGAAUAACCUUAAGAUGACACAUUUUUUUAAAACUAGAGUACACUUUAGUCCUUAAACCUUGACCUGUGUCUGUAGAGACUGCAUUGGAGGUUGGUACUUUGUAAUAGAAAUCAAACUCUGACUUACACUUUGGGUAUUCUUAUUCUUUUAAUUGCUACAAACUUGUAUUCAUAUGUAAACUUUCCUUGUACACAUUAAUUCAAGGCAUACACUUCCGGUAUACAAGCUAAA